UCAACAACAUGAAGAUCAUUCAGCUUCAGCUCUAUGUGUUAAUCUGUUGUCGAGCUGCAGUCUCAGAUCAACUCACUGAUCUGGGAUCAAAUGUGACCAUAAACUGUGAUCUUGAUGAAAAUGAGGUUUAUUGGAUUUUACUGAAAACACCAGAUCCUCCAACAGUGAUUCUACGGUCAUUCCCAACAUCAAGAGCACCUUUUUACUCGAAUAAAACGUUCAUAAAGAAAUAUUCAGUGCAGUUUAAACACCGUCUGGUUAUUAAUAAUGUGACCGAUGAUGAAUUAGGAAUUUAUUACUGUAUGAACGCAGGCGCGACUCCAAAACUCAGCAACAGCACCAGACUGACCUUCACCGAAUCAACUCAAGUAACUGAGUGUUACAAUAAUACAAUUGAGUGUCAAAAUCAUACAGCGGUUGAUCAAAAUCAGAAACAAUGUCAGAUUAUUAUCAUCAUAUCUGGACUGAUGAACGGGCUUCUGCUCAUUGUGCUGAUCGGGCUGGUAAAGGUUUUUGUUAUUGGAAACAGAAGGUCAGCAGAAGAAUCACAACUUAACACUGAUCUACAACAGACGCAAGUUACAGAAGAGCACGACUUACAGUACGCCACAAUGGAUUUUUCAAAGCUGCGUAGAAAUAUUCGGCACAGCCAAAUCAACAGCACAUAUGCAGCUCUAAACCUACCGAAGUCAUGAACACACGUAUGACUGAUCUUAUACUUAUUUUCUUCACUUUGUUCACUCUGAAACUUCUAAAAAGAAUUUUAAAACAGGAAAAGACUGAAAAAAAAAAAACCAAAAUCAAAAUCAACCAAAUGUAAUAUUAUUAUAAAUAUUUCAUUCUUCUUUUUAAAGACUGCUUGGAAGUCAUGAGGAUCACAAGUAUUUUUACUGAAUUGGCAGCUAUAGUUUUAUAUUUUCCUUAUGUGUCCAUCCAACAAAACUGUAAUAAUGUGUUGAUUGGUGGAAUAAAAAUGCUUGAAAACC